AUGAGAGGCAGAAUUUUAAUUAGCAGUAAUAAUUAUAACUAUUUAGAUCUUUAGCAGGGUUGUAUGCAAUUUAGAAUUGAAACAAAGUAGGGUAAAAUAUUCGUAAGAAUUUCUUUCAAAAGGCUUAUGGAUAGUUAGACAAUAAUUCUAAAGAUCCAAAUGAUGAAAUGCUAUAUUUAAAGGAGUAUGAAAAAAAAGUAAUAGAAAAUAAUUAUAAAAAUAUUGAUUAAGAAAACGAUUCAAAUGCAAUAAUCAUAGCCAAAAUGAAGAGCCAACUAUUUAAACUUAUCACUAAUAUUAAUAUGUUACAAAAAUAUCCAAUAUCAAAUUUUUUAUUACUAUUAUUAAUAAUGAUUAAUCAUUCUUACAUUCAAUAGCCCACUAUCCAUAUGAAUGAUAUUGCAGUUUAAAAAGAUGAUGAGUUAAUUUAGAAUUCUUUGAAAAACCUACCCAGAUUCAAAAAGAUGGAAAUUGUAGGAGAAAUUUUUGCUCUUUUAGUACUAAUUUUAUGUUGGGCUUUUUUUCAUUAAUCUGUAAAUCCAUUUUAAUUAUUCAGUUUGUAUAUUUGAAUGAAAAAGUUCCAACUGAAUUUGAUUAUAAUGGAAAUGCUGUUAGGUAUGCAGAUAAAAACAUUCUUUUUGCACUACCAGCAGUAAUGACGAUAUCAUAUAUUAUCUUUACUAUUUUAUAAUUUGUUCCACAUAGAUUUAAUUAUGAUUGUGGUAUAGAUUUUACAGUAUUCAAGUUGGUUUAACUGUGUUUAAUGCAUAAGAAAUAUAUAGAACAACAAGAAUUACACUUUUAAGUUGUAAAUUAAUCACAGAAUUUUUAUUUACUUAUAUAACUUUUACUAUGCUACAAGUUGUUUAAUACGAGUGUGAGCCUUAAAGAAUGUAUUAUGCUUUUGUGUUCAUUCUUCCCUAUUUAAUUAUAGGGGUGUUUUAUUAUCGAAAAUUAAAAAACAUUAGCACUUAGCCAUAAUAAUUAUGA